GCCGCGCGGAGCCGGGGCGGUGCUGGAGCCCCCCGCCUGCGGUCCGGGCAGCUAUAAAGCGGUGGCGCGGGGCUCGGGCUGACGUUGCAGCAUUUGUCACACCCAGAGCCCGACCAUGGAGCCUCCGCUGCCCACGCCGCCGCUACUGCUGCUGCUGCUGCUGCUGCUGCCCUCCAGUUCCACCGCGCUCCCUGCACCUCCCAGGACCCCAAGACACUCAGACGGGACGUUCACCAGCGAGCUCAGCCGCUUACAGGACAGUGCCAGGCUGCAGCGCCUGCUGCAGGGUCUGGUGGGGAAGCGCAGCGAGCAGGACACAGAAAAUAUCCCAGAGAACAGCCCGGCCCGGUCCAAGCCCUUAGACGACCAGCUCUGCUUGCUGUGGUCGAAUACUCAGGCCCUACAGGAUUGGCUUCUGCCUAGGCUGUCCCUGGAUGGGUCCCUGUCUCUCUGGCUGCCUCCUGGACCAAGGCCUGCUGUCGACCGUUCAGAGUGGACUGAAACAACUAGGCAGCCCAGAUGAGGAAGAAAGGGGGGUCUCCAGGACCCUGGCCACAGUAGGGAUUGGUUGCCCUUGGCAUCAAUAAAGAAGGAAUUUAGACUCUAGUCUUUUAGCUCAU